UCUGAUUCCUUUGCCCCCUUGGACUUUUACUUUCACAGUGAAGCUCGUGGAGCCGUUGAACACUCGCGUGAAAAGUGGUGACAACUGAAAAAUUCAGCUUUAUGCUACAAGUGUUGCAUAUUCAUAGCAGAGAUGUGGAUACGGUGGGAAGGCACCGCACAGGCGCUGCUGAGAGGGUUUGAAACCACAUCCUUAGUCACACCACUGAUGAUGACGCUGAGAGCGCGUCGACGCCUGAGCAUUGUUCCACUAAACACACUCAGAGGAGCUUUUAACACUUUAGUCUCUGCUUGCCUGCUGUGUAAUAAGUGCACCCUUUUUUCAAACGGAGAAUAAAAAGUUUCAGGUGUUGUGUUGCUUUCUGUCCAACCUGUGGAUGAGCAGAGUAAAUCGUCCCCAUGGGUGUUAAACUUUUGUCCCUAUUACUGCUGUGGGACCUCGCUUUCUUCAUUCAAGAUGUCGCGUCUUUGUGCAGUGUCACCUGCACCACAGACAUGAAGACUUCACUGAACUGCUCCUGCUCGGGCUCAGCGCCGGCCAUCCCCUUGAUGCUGGAAGCCAAGUGCCGGGAUCGUGAGAUAACGGCCAAUGGCAGCUGUGAAAUCACACCCUCCCAGUCCUGGUGCAUAAUGCAUCCAGAGAAAUUUGAUUGGGUCAACACCAUUGGAACUAACUGUUCAGCAGGAGUUAACCAAGAAGCCAGUCCAGUCAAAACAGACGUGAGUGAGUCAUCCAGCUGGGUGCUGACUGAAAUGGUGAAGCCCAUGGAGCCGUUCGGUGUGCAGGUGAGUAGUGAUGACAGCACCUUCAACAUCACUUGGGAUAUGAACAACGACCUCGAGGAGCCUCUGAAUUACAGGGUGCGGAUAAGAGAGAGCAAAGAUUUAUCAAAGGAUCCAGUUCACUCCCUUUUAGUCAACAAAAACCAUGUGUUGAUACACCACGCUGUCCUGCAACCACACACCAACUACACUGUGGAUGUUCAGGCCAUACUGUCUCCUGAGGCGAUUUUUAUGGGCCCCUGGAGUGAAUGGAGCCCUUCUGCAGAAUGGCAGACCAAAGGGCCAACAGAUUUCACAGGCGGUGAUACCCGCUGGUGGUGGUACCUCUCCCUGUCUGUGGUUCCCGUCGUUGGCCUCCUGGUGCUGGGUUACUUGCAGAAGUCGUUUUGGCUGAAAAAAUUCCAGCUCGUGCCAUUCAUCCCCAGGCCAGACAAAUUUUUCGAGCCCCUCUACCGCAACUAUGAAGGGAACUUCAAGAACUGGGUGGGGCCUGGAUUCAGCGAGUACGACGUCCUGUAUGCAGUGAGUAUGAAGCAGCCCGACAUCCUUCCCUGGAAAACGGAUAAACAGAGCUUCGCAGAGGACGACGAAGUGACGCCAGACCGCUGUUCCUGCCGUAGUUUCCAGCCCCACAGCGCCUCCCUGCUGCACUACCACGACGAAAGCAGCGAGCGCCGCGCCGGCCACUCCUCCGGACACAUCUCCAUCAGCACCGUGACCCUGUCCGGGGAGGAAGAGUUUGAGGUGGAAAACGCAUCGGAGAGCUCCAUAAACACCCUCCAAAGUUACCAGGAUGGAGAAAGCUUCAGUUUAUAUGCCGGGGACAACAGCGAGUGUGUCGGCUGUGGUUUAGGGGAACCUCAGGCGUCCAGGAUGUGUGGACAGGGUGGUGUUUCGGCACAAGACAGAAACCAAAGAUCCAGUGACUUACCGGUUUUAAAUCUAGACUUUCAGCCGCGUGCCAUUAUCAUUGAACCAGAGAGGGUGUCCCUUGACUCGUUCGUCUCAAACGGGCAGUCAGAGGACGGCUACCCCUGCGUGGACUUGGACACCAUUGACAGCGGUUUUGGAGAGCCAGACUGCAGCAGUCCCGUGGCCACGGAGUGCAACACGGCAGAACGCAUAGACUCUGAUUUAUUUCACGAGGAGAGAAACUCAAACUCAAACUAUGUCAAGCAGUGGAUGAUAUGUAGCACUCUACAAGAAGACCCUAGCACCUCGGCAAACACUCUCCCCAAAACAUGAUGGUCAGCACACCGAGGAGAGGCGCCGUAGAUUUACCGCCCCAACUGGGCUACGAACUGCUCCGGGACGUGUGAUGAAAACAUCGAGCUUAAGGCUGGAUUUAGAGCUGCAACUAAAGAUUACUGUCAUUAUUAUUAUUAUUACGAUGUUUAUUAUAUUUUCAUUAUUCAUCUGUUGAUUAUUUUCUUGUUUAAUCGAUUAAUUGUCCCGCAGCCCAAGGCGACGUCCUUAAAUGUCUUGUUUUUGUCUUGACCAACACUCCACAACCCAAGGACGUUUAGUUUACUUCCACAGAGGACUAAAGAGACUUAUGAAAAUAUUCACAUUAAAUGAAUUGUCAUCUUAGAAAAAUGACUCAAUUAAACAAUGAAUCGCUUAGCGAAAACAGUUCUGCUGAUACAGGGAUUUAGGUCCAUGAUGUGUUGGAGUUCAAAGAAAUAUGGUGAAUGAAUUAUAGAUAAAGUAUUGAUGUAUUGGAUUGUUUGAUAUUAUAAUAUGUUAUUCUGUUUGUUUAUACCGCCUCACUGUCUGAUUGUCUUCCGUGCAUCUUUAGCUUGUGCAGCCAGUAUGCACGCCAGUUUAUCAAGAUCCAGUUGUCUGAUAAUCUCUGCUGUCCUUGCACAUGCAUUGUGGUCCAUAACUGUUAUAUCCACCCACAUUGUUUCGUGCUUUUGUGCAUAAAAACAGUAGAUCUGGAGAUUUUUUUUUCUUUUCAUCCAGCCUCCACCUGGCCCUUUGCAGAGAAGUAAAAAGAUGAACCAGAAAGCUUUGUCAAACUGUUCUUUAACCUUUAUUACAAAACAGUUAUUUGUGAUAUACUUUGCACCUCUAGGCAUGUCAUUUUGUUGUUUUGGUGUUGUGUUUUUCUUAAAAGUAAAGUAAACAACACAAUGUCACAUCAAUACAUUUCCAAUGCAGCUGUAAUGGAAUUUGAUAGAAUAUUGUCGUUCAGCUUUCUGAAACGCCAGGAUUUGUUGUCAUUUACCAGGAAUCAAAGAAAAAGUGCUUUUCCCCCCCAGACUUACUUUUUUCCAUCAACAUUUAACAAUUUCUCCAACGAAAGCCUUUGAACGAAAAGUCUCACUGAGGUAGAAGUAGGUGAGGCACGUUCAGGAAAAGUGGGAAAACCAAAAGGUACACCUGGAUUUCAGUCGUCAUGCAACAUGGGCUCUCAAAAACAACAGCAAAAUAUGAGACACUGGACAGGGCUAAGAUAUUUUCAUUGUCAGCACAGGAAAAAAAAAACAAAAAAACAAUAACCUUA